AUCAGACGGCGUGCACUGAAGUCGUCUCAGGGAUAAGCUUCAGUGUUGUGGAAGGCAAUGACAAUCAUUGUAACAAUGGCCUGUGAUUCAGGGAACAAAGCUCCUCUCCCGACAGGUCCUGCAAACUUGUGCUUUGACAAGGACGAGUUUAUGAAGGAUAGUUUCAAUGUUGACCAGUUUGUGAUUGACUGUAGGAAGAGAGUUCCCCUGGAGAAGCUGAGAGAUGACUUAAAUGUUUAUCUCAAGAUUCUGAGGACAGCCAUGAUUGAACUCAUUAACAAGGACUAUGCUGACUUUGUCAACUUGUCCACCAAUCUGGUGGGGAUGGACAAAGCUAUCAACAGCUUAAGUGUACCACUCGGGCAGCUAAAGGAAGAAGUACUGACGGUGAGAUCAGCCAUGGACUCUGCCAUAUCAGCUGUGGAGGAGAAAAUCAAAUACCGACAACAUAUCAAAGAGAAGAAAUCAUGUUUGCAGAGACUUGUGAAUAUCACCCAGUCUGUGGAGAAGAUUGAGCGGCUCCUGAAGAUCCAGCAUACAGAAGAUGGAGAAGACAGUCCGGGAAGGAGUCACUUGAGUGGUCAACUGAUUGAACGUGUUGCCACAGAAUUCAAUAAACUGCAGUUUUAUGUCACAAAGAGUAGAGGACUCCCACUGGUGGAAAAAAUUAAACCUAGAAUUGCCAACAUAACGACCACAUUACAGUACAGUUUGGAGGAUUCAUUCCUGGAUGGGCUUGAGACCGGGAAUGUGGAGAUACUGAGACAAUGCCUGAGGACAUAUGCACUGAUUGACAAGAUUAAAGAUGCAGAGAAUCUGUUCAGGCACAAUGUUGUCAAACCAUACAUGGAGGAGGUGAUCACAGAGCAGUUUCUGCGUGUCAAUGACCAGGGCCUCAAAGGUGUAUACGGGAAGGUGCUGGAGUUUGUCCCUAAACAUUGCAGUUUGCUGAGAGAGGUGACAUCUGGCAGUUCACACGGGGAGGUGGUGAGAGGCUAUGAUUUCCUGGUCAGUGCUGUGUGGCCAGAAGUGGUCAGCGGGCUGGAGGCCAGAACUGCCUCUAUAUUUGCUCCGGGGAACCCUAACACCUUUCAUGAGAAAUAUACAAUAAGCAUGUGGUUUGUGGAUCAGUUUGAAAACCUUUGUGGAUCUCAGGCCAGUGUGAAGCGGCUGAGGGAACACCCAAGUUACAGCACCUACAUGUCCAAGUGGAGCCUGCCAGUCUACUUCCAGAUCAGGUUUCAGGAAAUUGCUGGUAGCUUUGAAUCUGCCCUGUUUACAGCUUUUAACAACUCCAGUAAGGCAGGUAGCAGUGAGUUUUUGCUGAAUGCCAGCGAGGCACUGUGGGUAUGUUUGGGGAAGUGUUGGCAGGAGCACAUAUAUCUGCAACCGUUGUGUCAUCGCUUCUGGAAGCUUACACUACAGCUCCUGUCUCGCUACACUAUCUGGUUGGACGAUGCUUAUAAGGCUGAGGUUUCAAAGUCAGCAGAGAAGUCUGCUCAACCUGCUGUUGAGAAAUCAACAACAAAUGCGAAUGAAAAGCCAAAUGGAAAUAAUUCUGUGACCAGUGCAAACUCAUCAGGAGCCGUGCAGGCUUCACCUCCGGUCACCAUGGGCCAGAUCGUUUCUCUGAUAGCUGAUGCUGAAAAAAUAGCUUCAAAGAUUAUGCCGUUGCUGAACACACUGAUCAAGCCGAGGAUACAGGCGUUAGGCUACACACAGACACAAGCUUUGGAAGUGUGUUUCAACGAGAAUCGCGAGGCUGUUGUUCAGAGGUUACCUCAGUACCGUACAUUUAUUGUGGAGGAUGUGAGCAGUCAGUGCAGUGUGCACCUCAGACAGGUGAACGAUAUCCCCCGCCUCUACCGCAGAACGAACAGAGAGGUGCCCAGUAAACCGUCAGCCUAUGUCAGUGGGCUGGCCAAGCCUCUUAGGCGAUUCCUGGAUGAGCACAGCCCAUUGCUGACAUCUGACAACCAGAACCAGCUGGCCGCUCAGGUCUUCUCCAGCAUCACUCUGCAGUAUUGUUCUGUUACGUCAGAUGUUUUAACAUCUGUGAAAAAAAUGGAGGACAGUUUGAAACGUUUGAAGAAAGCCCGUGGUACGGGCCCAACGGCGGGGUCACAAGGGAUGUCAGAUGACGACAAAAUACGACAACAGCUUAUCCUGGACAUUGACUGUUACGGACAACAGAUGUCCCAGUUUGGUGUACAGAGUGAAAAUGUACAAGCUUUCCAUCAGUUACUGGAGUUAGCAGAGACAGCCAAGUCAUCCAUGAACAGCCAGAGUUGAUUAAGUCAACUUAACUACAUCCUAAUACAUCCUCAGCAUUCCUAAAAGAGUGUGCUGUGAUUAUCCAUCUAAAUUAACAGACAUUAGUAUAAAACAGAAGGUGGCCGGCAUGUGAUCAUUUGGACAAAGCAUCCUUAUCAGACCAAUGAGGUCUGAACAGACCCGAAUACAUCUACAGUACAUGGUGUUCACUGCGUUCUGGCACAGGGUGUCUCAUAUUUAUAUCAAAGUAAAUGUUAACCCAAUUAACUUGUACAUUAUCAUUACUGUAAAAGAAAUCUACAUCUAUAAGUGUGUAUUAUGAACUCUGAGAUAUUUUUUCAUGCGCUAUGUCACAUCCAAUAUAGACUACAAGCAGGGGAAAGAGCACUUAGAUUUGUCAUCUGAUUGUAUGAUUUAGUCAUGAUCUGUGAAAAUGGAGGCACCAAUUCAGUUCAUUAACAUAUUGCCUGAAUUUUCAAUGAAAAGAGCUUAUUAUUUUGGGAGUUUUUUUCACAAUGCUUAUUUUUUUUAGUUUCAGUGGCAUUGAGGAUGAGCUUUGCUAGUUGAUUUGGUGCAUUGGAAAGGAGGAAAGAUCUGAAAACAACACUCAUGAAAUUUAACUUUUUUAAAACUGAGACUUUGGUAUAGUGGGAGAAUGAGAAUUUCAUAGAUAAAAUAUACCAUGUAGAAAGUAAUCAUGUCAGUUGCAAUUCAGGAUGACUUAUCCCUGCAGCCUUUGCUUAUUUAGAAUGUGGUUUGAGUUGAAAGUGGGUUAUUAAUAUUACUGAACUCUCAUAUGUUCUGUGUCAUAGUGUUGUUAUUAAACAUUAUAUUAGACAUAUCCAUUAUGUUUUUAUUCAUUUGGUUAUGGAUAAAUGUCACAAAUUCUAUCUCUUCUAGUUCUUGAGAGGUGGGUAAAUGUAUAUGUAGUAUACAGAAAAAAUUUUGCUGUGUAGAUCUCAAUAUUUUUUUCCUAAUUUCAGUUUUGAGGCCUGACAAAUUUAUGAAAAGGCAGUUUCAGCAGCAUGGAUAAAGACAAAAUAAUAACUAUUAUGUGAAAUUAUGAAAGGGCAUGAUUUAUAUAAGUUUUUAUUUUUUUUUUCUCUUUUUUUUGUGUAACAUUAGUAAUUCGAUAAUUCCUUUCCUCACUUUCAAAUUCAAAAGAAACCAUUUGUUACUAUUCUUCUUUGCUCACUUGGAAGACAGGAUAUAUAACAUAAUGAUGUCGCAUAUAUUACAUUUCACUCCUUUCAGUUUUAAUAAAAUAUUGUUAAAAAAAGAAGAAAUAUUGUUUAAACAAAAAAAAACAACACAAUUACCUAUGUCAGAGAGUGUAUGUACAAUAGGGGGGAAAACCUUUCAUGGUGAAUUAAAAAUGUGUAAGAAAAAAAAUGUGAUAUUAUUUCUUUUCUGUUCUUGUGAAAGUUCAUCUCCUAUGUGUGCAGCACGUGUAUGUACAAAUACAGAGUGUGUGUAUAUACAAAUCUGAUUUGUCUUAUUCCCAGGGAUGAGACAGACACUGGGAUGAAAAACAGGAAACUGUACAUCAUUCUCAAAAUUUUGACAUUUUUAGCAUUUCUGAAUUAAAUUCUGAACGUUUUUCUGUAUAUAAUGUUAAAACAAGUGUAAGGCAAGUCCUGUGAUCACCAUGACCACGUAUAACAAACACCUUAUGGCUGUUACAGCUGCUUACAUCGCUUUAAUAAACAAUUACGAGUAAAACAACAUGUUUCAAUUCUGCUACCCUUGUGCAUGAAUAAGUAGACACUUGAUAACUUUUGCCAACACUUACUGGUACCUUUUAACACUUCAACAGGAAACAAUGUGGAAGUGUAACUGAAUGCAUAAUACUGUAUUUCACCAAAAGUUAAAAUGAUAUUUUUCAUGCCAAUCCUUACUUUUUUCCUCAUAAGAAAUAAUCAAACUUCACAAAAAUAUCUUGUGUUGCCCUAUAAGGUGGAUCAACCAAUCAGGAUCAAGCAAAAUGUGUCACUUGGAAAAUUCUAAAAAUUAUAACAGAGUAAUUUAAAGACAAAGAUAAAAGCUGCUGGUAAGAAAAAAUAUCACAGAGAAAUUCUUUGUGUAAAAAGUGGAUAGAAACCCGUUUCACUGAUUUACAUUCAAUUCUGAGACACCCAAACCAUUUGA